AUGUCAAGACCACGAAGCCUUCAGCCCCCAACCAGAAGUGGAGAACCUCCGUUAAUAGAGGAACCCGGAUCUUCCAGGGGCUGGAUUACCGACGACCAAAUCAGCUAUCACGGGGCCUCGUCACAUGCGCCACAGCCGACUAUUUCGCAAGAGCCAAGCUGGCAGUACUCCUUGCAGUCGAUAAUGGCGCCUCCAGUCACUUCAUAUGAUGGGAUACCAUUGCCAGCGCCGAGGACGUCUAGCGAGAACGAAAGCUCCAGAGCCACUGCAGGAUACAAGGACAAAAACAGAGAUAUAGAGGGGGAAGGGGAACUGCCCCCAGAAGAUGAUGUUGUUGUUCCAGAGUACUCUCACUCAGCCUACAACUACGGAACUUGGAGUGCGGCGGAUGAUAGAACGCUUGUACUGGCGCGGUCUCGUGGCAAGCACUGGGUGGAAUUGCAACGAACCUACUUUCCGACCAAGACGGCUAAUGCGUGCCGCAAACGAUACGAACGGCUUAUGGAGAGACGAGGCGCACUUGAACAAGACAGUCAAAGGCUAGAGCGCAUUUCUCACGAGUACAUGGCCCUGCGUAAGCAGAUGUGGACUCCGCUGGCGGAUCGGGUGGGGGAGAAAUGGGAGGUGGUUGAGGCGGCGUGUAUGUCGGCUGGCAUCCGCACCAUUCAGUCCAACGCCCGCUCGCAUACAAAUCGAUGGCGGAAAGAGAGUCGGGCAUCUCAGAAAGGCCGCGAAGCUCCGUUGCUACUCCCGCGAGGCCCUCUCAACACCGGCAUGCCGACGUUGCCCACCUCAGAAAUGGGCUCAGCAGACAUGGCUGGGGACUUCGAAUCACCUAUCCCUCUUCAAGGGCCAGUGCACUACCAGCCUCACAGGGAUGUUGGUCUUAUGCCACCCCCGCCGUUUCCUCUCUCGAGCAGUGGAUCGCUACCAGCAAAUGGGACAACGCCCUCAAUACCUUUUGCUGGGUACCUGCAUGUCAAGUCUACCAGACGACCAGUUGUUUCCCGGACGAACACAGAAGGGCGUAGUACAGUAGCAGAGCCUGGUUGGAACACGAGCAACUAA